UCCUCCGACCCAAGCAAGCGAGGAAAAGAGAGGAGGCCCAGAGGGCCGAGCUUCCCUAACCAGACAGCCUUAGUUACGUCCCAGCCUUCGUUAGCAACUCUGCGCCUCCAGGCCUGAGAUCACCUUCCCGCGGGGCAGUCUAGCGCCACUGGCUUCACGGAACCGGGCUUCGUAGUGACGUCAUACCCAGCGACUUCCGGUUCCCGUUCUCGGGGGUUGGACUCUCACGUGCUGGGGCUGCCAGUCCUCUCUGGGUUCCAGCGGGCUUCUGAUGGAGGGGUUCGUCCUCUGCGAGGACGGAGCAGAAUCAGCAUCAGCCUCCAUCCCUAUCCAAAGAUCAAAACCCUUGAAACCACUGAGCUUAUGCCUUGUAACACAUGGGAAAGACAAAAAGCACUCAGCUAGCGUUGCCUGAGGAUCUAGGCAAUUAUUCAGACUGUCAUCAUGGGUAUCCGAGGACUAAUGAGUUUUGUGGAAGAUCAUAGUAAUGAAUUCUUCACUGAUUUGAAGUUGCGGGACACAAAAAUUAUCAUUGAUGGCUAUGCUCUUUUCCACCGACUUUGUUUCAAUUCAAACUUGGAGCUCCGGUAUGGAGGGGACUAUGAUUCUUUUGCAGAUGUUGUACAAAAAUUCUUUGAAUCACUGUUUGCAUGUAAUAUACGUCCAUAUGUUGUAUUAGAUGGAGGAUGUGAUAUUUCCGAUAAAAAGCUUACAACUUUAAAGGAUCGUGCUAGAGAGAAGAUCCAGACAGCCCAUUCCCUUUCACUUGGUGGGGGUGGGUAUGUGUGCCCCUUACUCAUCCGGGAAGUGUUCAUACAGGUUUUGAUCAAGCUGCAGGUAUGUUUUGUCCAGUGCUUUUCAGAAGCAGAUCGGGACAUUAUGACACUUGCUAAUCAUUGGAAUUGUCCUGUUUUAUCGUCGGACAGUGACUUUUGUAUUUUUGACCUGAAAACUGGGUUUUGCCCAUUAAAUAGCUUUCAGUGGAGAAAUAUGAACACUAUCAAGGACACACAAUACUAUAUUCCUGCUAAAUGCUUUUCCCUUGACGCAUUCUGCCGUCACUUCAGCAAUAUGAAUAAAGCUCUUUUACCUCUCUUCGCGGUGCUAUGUGGAAAUGACCAUAUUAAUCUGCCUAUCAUGGAGACAUUCUUAAGUAAAGCACGUCUUCCUCUUGGAGCUACCAAUUCUAAGGGGAGGAGACACCACCGAGUUCUGGGACUUCUGAAUUGGUUGUCUCAUUUUGACAACCCUACUGAAGCACUAGAUAAUGUUCUGAAAUAUCUCCCAAGAAAAGAUCGAGAAAAUGUUAAGGAACUUCUCUGCUGUUCCAUGGAAGAAUACCAGCAGUCCCAGGUGAAGCUGCAGGACUUCUUCCAGUAUGGUUCUUAUGUCUGUCCAGAUGCCUUGAAUCUGGGUUUACCAGAAUGGGUACUAGUGGCUUUAGCUAAAGGCCAGCUAUCUCCUUUCAUCAGUGAUGCUUUGGUCCUAAGACGGACCUUUCUUCAUACACAGGUGGAAAACAUGCAGAGACCAAAUGCCCACAGAAUAUCUCAGCCCAUCCGACAAAUCAUCUAUGGGCUUCUUUUGAAUGCUUCACCACAUCUGGGAAACGUGUCCUGGAAUGCAUUGCUGCCUCAGCCUCUAGCUUUCAGUGAAGUGGAAAGGAUUAAUAAAAACAUCAAAACAUCAAUUGUUGGUGCAGUAGAACUGGCCAAGGAUCAUUCUGACUUAAGCAAAUUGACUGAGCUCUCCUUGGGUAGGCGGCAGAUACUUCUGUUAGAAACCCUGAAAGUGAAACCAACCAUCCUGGAGCCAAUUCCUACUUCACUGAAAUUGCCCAUUGCUGUCAGCUGCUACUGGUUGCAGCACACAGAGGCCAAGGCAAAGCUACAUCACCUACAAGCCUUACUGCUGGGGAUGCUGAUGGGGCCCUUGCAUGCCAUUAUCAAUAGCCCUGGAAAUGUGGACCCCGCACCCAGGCAGGCUCAGUGCCUUGCUGCUCGCUAAUUGAUACAAGGUAAGGAAGAUCUGCAGGAAGAUGGUGCUAAGGUGUUGUAUGAAGAGUUCCAAAGAGUGAAGGAGCAGACGCGGCUGG